CCUCCCCAGGCCCCGCCCCCGCGUGACCGUAGUUGGAGCACCGAGCCAAAGCGGGUUGGAGGAGCUGGAGUCAUGGCGGGGCUGGUGGACUUCCAAGAUGCGGAGCAGGUGAAGUCAUUUUUGGAGAACAUGGAGGUGGAGUGCAACUACCAGUGCUACCACGAGAAGGACCCGGAAGGUUGCUAUCGGCUGGUGGACUAUUUAGAAGGGAUCCAGAAGAAUUUUUAUGAGGCUGCAAAGGUGUUGAAGUUCAACUGUGAAGAGAACAAGCACAGUGAUAGCUGCUACAAACUGGGGGCCUAUUAUGUGACUGGAAAAGGUGGAUUAGCUCAGGACCUGAAAGCUGCCUCGAGCUGCUUUUUGAUGGCAUGUGAGAAGCCUGGAAAGAAGUCUGUGGAAGCAUGUCACAAUGUCGGUCUCCUGGCACAUGAUGGCCAGGUCAAUGAAGAUGGCCAGCCCGACCUGGGGAAGGCCAGGGACUACUACACAAGGGCCUGUAAUGGCAACUAUGCCUCCAGUUGCUUCAACCUUAGUGCCAUGUUUCUGCAGGGUGCCCCUGGCGUUCCCAAGGAUAUGGGCCUGGCAUGUGAAUACUCAAUGAAAGCCUGUGACCUGGGCCAUGUUUGGGCCUGUGCCAAUGCUAGCCGCAUGUAUAAAAUGGGGGAUGGUGUUGAUAAGGAUGAGGCCAAGGCAGAGAUGCUAAAAAAUCGGGCCCAACAGCUGCACAAAGAGCAGCAGAAAAGUGUGCAGCCCUUAACAUUUGGGUAAUGUGGCCAAUGUUAAGGGCUGCACAAGCAUCAAGCAGCUUGAGGCUGGCACCUUCUAUUUCUGAGACCUGAUGCAGCCCUUAAAGGUCAACCUGCUGGAGCAGGAGAACUUGGGACUUAAUAUCAGUAGCUCUGGUUACAUAAAUCCAUUUGCUCCUGAGUGUCACCUACUGGGAUGUGGCCUGCAGUGAGUGUGUUCUGUCAGUUAUCUUUUAUGUGGCUGUGUUCUGUGAACACUCCCACAUUUAUGGGGUCUUUUCAAACUUUUGGAGCUCUGUGAAAAAUAGGAGCCAACAGGGCUGGGGAUGUGGCUCAAGCAGUAGCGCGCUCGCCUGGCAUGCAUGCGGCCCGGGUUCAAUCCUCAGCACCACAUACCAACAAAGAUGUUGUGUCCGCCGAGAACUAAAAAAUAAAUAUUUAAAAAAAAAAAAUAGGAGCCAACUAGAGAGCCAUAAAGAUUUGUGUGAGGGAUUGGAGGACAGAAUUACCAGGAUGUCAAAAAUCAGCAGCCAGAGGGCCUGAAGGAAUCAGCUGCUAUCAUCAUCAUCAUCCUCAUCAUGCUCAUUUUAGUUGGGGGGGGGCCUUGAAAAUCAGUGUCUUGCUUUACAUAAUAGAGGUCUUAAGGAGCUAAGAAAAGUUAAACAGUCACGACUGCCACCCUCUGACUUAUGUAAUCGUUGGUGUGGGCUUUUUGCUUUCAGAUUCAGAUCUUUCAAGAAGUUAAUAUAGAUUAGGAAAGCCAUGCAGCAUGAAGGUUAAAGGCUCAUGUUGCUAACGAUAAAACGGAACCCUGCCUUCCCCUAGAAGAAACAUUCACAGUUAAAACCUCCCCGGACACUCACCUCAUGGAACUUAUGCAGAGGACAUUCCCAGAGCAAUUCCAGCUAGUAAUUCGCAAACAAAGACUUUGUGACAUAUUUUGCCUACUGAUACUGAGCCUUUUUCACUGUUCCUGUGAAUAAACUAUUUUGAUUGAUUUGUA